GUUCAAUGUAUCUAUGCCUGCCUACUUCAAUCUGCAAGGGAGUGUCAGAAAGGCCCCGCAUUCGCCGAGCCGUGAGUUAUCACUAACUUUUCAGAUGUGUUAAUGAAUGUGGAACAAAAGCAGUUGUGUUUAAAAGGAAAAAAGGACCAUCAAAAUAACCUUUAUUAUAGUAGCAGGCGUGAACACUAAAUGAUUUAUUCCAAAUUGUGGUGUCAAAAAUAACCUACUUUAACUAGAGACUAGCCUCUAGAAAACCUAUUGUUGAACUGCUCUGAAGCUAUCAUUUUAGCUAUCAAUUAUUUUUCUUAAAUAUAAUAUACCCUGAUUGCAAAUUAGAGUGUUAAGUCUUUUUAACGGAGUUAAAACAAUUUGAACAAAAUCUUACCCCACCUGAAAAUGACAUAUUUAGUUGACUGCAUUAAGCUCUUCAAAUAAGACCAUGUGAAAGGGGUAAAGGCUUAACCUUUUUGUUGCUCACAUGUAAAAAACAAAUUAAAUAAUUGGAUCACUUCCUAGAUGAGUUUUUGGAGUGCCCCAGGCAUCACAUGAAGUACAGAGGUUUUUAUAAUCUCUUUUGGUACCAACAGUUCUCGCUUCAGUAAUUCAUCAGUAGGUUUUCAUUCAUCAAUGAUGGUAUCAAUUUAAGGCUAAAAUAAAACACAUUUCUUAGGGUUGAUCAUUCUACAUAGAGGAAACAUCCUUAAGAGAUUUUUCCCCCCCAAAGAGAUUCUAAGCAAAAAAAUUGUAACUAACAUCUAUAUUUUGUUAUUAGAGCUAGUUACCUUUAUUUUUCUUAGACUCUUUAAAAUUUGAGUUAGAUAGGCCUAUUUGAUUAGCAGGUUGGAUGCUUCUGUUGCUUAGGAGGUAUAUUGUGUUAUAUGAAGACAAUAAAUUUAAAUGUACCCAGUUUGGCCAUAUAUAGCACAGACCACCUAAAACGUGAAGGUAUGGUACCUUUGGAGGCAUUAAAGUUAACGUUUCAUUUAGGCAAUGUGCCUUUGUUUGACUGGUGUGUAAGUCCUUCUUCCAGGUUUGUACACUCUUAAACACGCUAUUCUACCCUCUCUAACUCAUCCCAGCAGCAAAUGGGAGACACUUCAGCUGGAACAAAAUAGUGGAAGAAAUGGCGUCUGGGGUUCAGUGGGGAUUCGCAGUGUGAGAUACUACUCGCCAACGAAUCAAAUUCAGUGAUGACCGAGUGUGCAAGAGUCACCUUCUCAACUGUUGCCCCCAUGAUGUCCUCUCUGGAACUAGAAUGGAUCUUGGAGAGUGUCUCAAAGUCCAUGACCUGGCUUUAAGAGCAGAUUAUGAAAUUGCAUCCAAAGAACAAGAUUUUUUCUUUGAACUUGAUGCUAUGGAUCAUCUGCAGUCAUUCAUUGCAGAUUGUGAUCGAAGAACAGAAGUGGCCAAGAAAAGAUUAGCAGAAACUCAAGAAGAGAUUAGUGCUGAAGUGGCCGCAAAGGCAGAACGUGUGCAUGAAUUAAAUGAAGAAAUUGGUAAGUUGUUGGCCAAGGUGGAACAACUAGGAGCUGAGGGAAAUGUGGAAGAAUCCCAAAAAGUAAUGGAUGAAGUAGAGAAAGCACGGGCAAAGAAAAGAGAAGCAGAGGAAGUUUAUAGGAAUUCUAUGCCGGCUUCCAGUUUCCAACAACAGAAACUUCGAGUCUGUGAAGUCUGCUCUGCCUAUUUAGGUCUUCAUGAUAAUGAUAGACGACUGGCUGAUCAUUUUGGGGGUAAACUGCACCUGGGAUUUAUUGAAAUAAGAGAGAAACUUGAAGAAUUAAAGAGAGUUGUAGCUGAGAAACAGGAGAAAAGAAAUCAGGAACGCCUGAAACGAAGAGAAGAAAGAGAGAGAGAAGAAAGGGAGAAGCUGAGGAGGUCUCGAUCACAUAGCAAGAAUCCCAAAAGGUCCAGGUCCAGAGAGCAUCGCAGACACCGGUCUCGCUCCAUGUCACGGGAACGGAAGAGGAGAACUCGCUCCAAAUCUCGGGAGAAACGCCAUCGCCACAGAUCCCGCUCUAGCAGCCGAAGCCGCAGCCGUAGCCACCAGCGAAGUGGGCACAGUUCUAGAGACAGGAGCAGAGAGCGAUCCAGGAGGAGAUCCUCAAAAGAAAGAUUCAGAGACCAAGACUUAGCAUCACGUGACAGAGACAGGAAUUCAAGAGACAGAUCACCUCGUGACAGAGACCGAAAAGAUAAGAAGCGGUCCUAUGAGAGCGCUAAUGGCAGAUCAGAAGACAGGAGGAGCUCUGAAGAGCGCGAAGCAGGGGAGAUAUAAUUAGCUGUGUACAUAUCCUCAAUCCUUAAGCUUCCUAUGGAGUUACAUACUAUUGUUUAGUUUACAGCUAUUGGGGGUUACAGUGAGCAGUUCCAGACUCCAAUCCAAAUAGGCUAGAUGCACAGUAUCUAACUCGAUCUGAACUGAACUUGUUUUCCCUGAUGAAGCCUAAAACUACAUCCAUAGUUUCUGGUGAACCUGUAAUGCGAUUCUGAAAGUACAGUUUUAUAUAAUAAGAUGCCGAUAUCUUUAUUCUUUCUAGUAGGAGUGAUAGUGAACGAAUUGUGUUGCUUGCCUUGGGAAUUUUUGAACAUUUGUAAAAUGCUGUCUUCCUUUCUAGUCCACAAACAACAGCUUUCAGAAUUUUUCUUUUUAAUUCUUCUUCCUCUGACUUUUGUAUCCCCUAAUACCUCCACCCUCUAAUUAUAGGAGAAAGGGGGAGCAGGGAAGCAAUAUGACUUCUGUUCUAAGGUUCUGUUCCCAUUAUUAUGAGCUGAUUACAGAGCAUUUAUACUGGAAAGUGUGCUGGAGAAAUUUCAAUAUCCGGAGUUUUUGUUUUGUUUUACAGUGCCUAUUUAGAGUUGGAAGUUGAACAGCCUGUUGCAUCACAUACUUUGCUUUUUUAUUGAAAUUUUGAAAUCCAACAUGUCUUGAUUUUUCUGUUCUAUUGAAUUGCUAUGUUCAGGAUGUUUUGAAAAGGGGGGUGGGGCAGGGACUCUUUCAUAAGCACUUGUUUUAUUUUGUGUGUGUGUGUGUGUGUGUGUGGAGUAUAAAGGCUACAACCUUAUUGUAAAAAAUAAUAAAAUGAAACAAUCACCACCACCAUCAUUAAACUGUAACUUGUCUAGUAAAUUGUCACUAGAACUAUUUGAUGUGGGCAUUUCUUCUGUUCUAUCAUCAUCAGUGCCUUACUGUGCAAGGCACCAAAGGAAAUAAACACAUACUUGCCAAGAUGAACUGUUGCUCUGCCUGGUCCAGCCCGGGCCCCUGCUGACUGUAUUCCAGCUGUUUUAGGGCUGUCUGCAACAAAUGCUAUAGAGAGGGACUAGACCUGCAAAAGAAAUUGGGUCUUUCUGGUUUUGUUUUCAUUCAGCCAACCAAAAUAAAAACAUGGUGUAAUCAA